CUAUUUGCGAGGAAAAGCUCAAAAUGGUAUCUUUCAAAUCUUUGUUCGUAUUAUCUAUCAAAUAAACACAUGUAACCUAAAACGCGUGAAUUUAAAGAAAUUUAAAGGAAAUUAUAGAAAUGGAUGUUGUUGUUACAACAAGUUUAGAAGCCCUGAUACAAAGGGUAACAAAUCCCCAAAAUCAAAAACCUGAUAUAGCUGCAACCGAAGCAUUCUGUGUGAUGCUUACCAAAGAAGCAGAAGGUAUUCAAAUUGGCACUAAAUUAUUAGCACUGCGUAUUCAAUCAUCUAACGAGACUGAAGCACUUCAAGCUCUUGCUUUACUAGAUACAUGUAUGAAUAGAUGUGGACCAUCUUUUCACGCAGAAGUUGGUAAAUUUCGUUUUUUAAAUGAAAUGAUUCGUUUAGUUUCACCAAAGUAUCUAGGUGGUAAAACGCCAGCCAUGGUACGCCAAAAAGUAUUACAGUUGUUACAUACUUGGACAAGGGAGUAUCCAAAAGAAUUAAAAAUUAAAGAAGCCUAUGAAAUGUUAAAAAAACAGGGUGUUAUAGAAGAUGAUUCCGUGUCUUUAAAUAAUUCUCAAGAGGAAGGAUUAAAAGCAUUAAAAAUUAAGAGUACGAUAUUUGAUGAUGAAGAGAAAUCUAAAUUGCUGCAGAAAUUACUGCAAAGUAAAAAUCCUGAUGAUUUGCAAGCUGCAAAUAGAUUAAUUAAAACUAUGGUGAGAGAGGAUGAAAGAAGAGUACAAUUAAAUUCACGUAGGAUAAUGGAGCUAGAAUCUGUUCAUAACAAUGCAAAAUUAUUAUCAGAAAUGUUAGAUUCGUAUAACUGUAAUGAAACUAGUACGGAAGAUCUUGAAUUAAUGAAAGAAUUAUAUCAGGCUUGUGAACGAUUAAAACCAAUUGUGCUCAGAUUAGCAAAUGAAACCCAAGAUAACGAAGGAAUGCUUAGUGAUGUACUUGCUGCAAGUGAUGAAUUGGAACAAGUAUUUGAGAAGUACACUGCUAUUAUAGUUCAUGGUAAAUGUGUGAAGCCUAAAACAGACUCCGAUAUCAGUCCGUAUUUAUUAGAUUUAUCUUCUCCAAUGGAGAAUGUUCCUCUUAAAAGUGAUGGUGUAAACGCAAUGACCACGAAGUCAGAUAUGGAAGUUUUAGGAGAUAUCUUCAGUUCACUAGGGAAGUCUGAAGAUUCAGAAAUCUCUUCGGUUUCUGACGCAAAUCUCUUAAUGAUCGAAUCAGUCAUGCAGCCAAUUAAUGUUUUACCUAAAAAUAAAAAAGAUGAAUUAAUCAACACAUCUGAAAAGAAAAUUGACAGUAAAGCAAAAGCACUGGAGGAAUUGAACGAAUUGGGAGAGUCUUUGCUUAAACAAAGCUUAUCAGGCAUAGUAUCGAAUUCACGUGUAAAAUUAGGAAGCAGCAGUUCUUCACAUUUUCCUAAUUUGUCGGAUACUACAAGUGUAAAAAACGACAAACUGUCUGAUAUUCAUCUUAAAUCAAGCGAUAACAUUCCUUCUCACGAUGACGCAAAUCCUCAAACAAUCGAAUCUAAUGCAAAUGAGAAGAUAGAAACGGACCGAUGUAACAAUCGAUCAAGUGUAUGGGAUGCUGCUUCAAUAAUACCGUCAACGGAAAAUUCAGUUAGUCCCGAACCGGAGAUUAAACCAUUAACAGACAUUAACAUUAGCCUUCAAGAUAUAAAACCAGGUAUUAACCCGCCUAUGACAGUAAUCGAAGAGAAGAAUGGUAUAUCUGUUGUGCUUCAUUUUGCUCGAGACAAUCCAAGGCAAGAUGUGUUUGUCGUAGUGAUUACGACAAUGAGUAAGAAUUUGAAGCCACUUACCAAUUACUUGUUUCAAGCAGUGGUGCCAAAAAAAUGUAAAUGUAGACUGCAGCCACCUUCUGGAACAGGAUUGCCUGGUCAUAAUCCAUUCUUGCCUCCAUCAGCAAUUACUCAAAUUAUGCUAAUUGCAAAUCCUACCAAGGAAACGGUAUCAUUAAAGUUCAUGUUAAGUUAUACAAUGGACAAUGAAACUUUCACAGAAAUGGGUGAAGUAGAAAAGUUGCCUUUCAUUUAAAGUACUUAAAGUAUAAUUACGAAGAGUAAACUCACAAAAAUGCAGGUUCCAAUAGCUAAAAGGAGAAUAAUAUAUAUAUAUAUAUUAUAUAUAUUAACACAUAUUAUAUAUAUAAUAUGUACACAUAUAUUAUAUAUAUUAACACAUAUUAUAUAUAUAAUAUGUACACGCGUACACACACACACACACACACACACACACACACACACACACACACACAAAAUUUUCCAAAAUUGGAAUCAUGAGAAAGUAAUUUUCUCUUAUGCUUUAUUUCUUGGAUUAUAAUUACAAUUUUAUCUUCAUUAUCAUACUUAUUAUUAUAUUUAAAGAUAAAAUUAAUGUUACGUAGUUACUUAAAAGUAAUGUUGUGAUUUAUGUAUAUGCUUGAAAAUGUGCAAAUUUAAGAUCAGAAGAUGGAAGUGGAUACAUUGGAAAAUGAUACAUGAUAAAAUCGAAGUAACUAUAAUUGAAAAAUAGCGGAAAGAAAAGGCACAAAUAAAAGAAACAACAAAGCACGAAAAUAGAUAGUUUAAUAUAAAUUAUAAGUUAAAACGAUAUUCCUCCUUAUUAUUAAAUAUAAAUGAGAACAAUAUGGUAUUCAAAGUUUAAACAAAUGUACUGCUCGUUUAGGAAACGGAAAGUACUUCAUCACGAAAUGCAAGAGCAGUAACUGCUUUUUGGUGACCCUGAUAUUCUCGUUCUACUACUCCUGUUGAUACAUUCCAUAAUCUUGCAACGCCAUCGGACGAAGCUAAAUCAAAUCAAAUGUUGAAAUUAAAUCCAAAAAACGUGAUAACAAAAGAAUAAAAAAGAAAGUAUGUUAUUACCAGUAAA